UAGGACCGUUACAAGUCUUAGAAAAGUGAAUUAGUGUAGUAGGACAGUACUAGUGGUAGUGGCUUAACUCAGCAUCAGAAAUUAACACAACACAAUUUAUUUGCAUAGGUUGGAGAGAAAAUAAUAUAGAAGAAGCAAGGGAGAAGCUGAAGUGACUGCAAGGGAAGAAAGAGAGAGGCACUGCAAGUUGAAAUUAUUCUUCUUCGUAACAUGAUUGCUGUUACAUCUUACAAUCCCCUCAGCAACUCUUUUGGACUUAUUAUUAUAUUAUAUUAAGGAAAUGGGGAAUGGUCCAUCCCCAAGGGUGAAGCUUAUAGAGACUAGAGAGAGCUUGGGGGAAACCAAGAAGAAGUGAAGUGAACUAAGCUAAAACUAGUUUAAGUUUUAAAGGCAAAAGAAGGAAAAGGAAGCAGAGAAAGGCUUUUACACGUGAUCAAAAAGUGGUGGCUGCCUAUCUUCCCUCUUUGUUGCACUUGCAUGCGUGUACCUAUCUCUAUCUUUCUAUAAGAUUUAUAUUCAUCAUUCAUCAACACUUCCCUUCUUCCUCAACCAGACAUAAAUAAUUAUAUAAAAAGAUCAGAGAAGAGUCUUUAAGUGAAGUUGGUGUGAUUUUUGGUUUACAAAUUCCAGUGACCAACAAAGCCAAACAUGCCAGUGAGGCAGAUGAAAGAAAGCUCUGAGCAACACAUUGUGAUUAAACCCCAUUCUCAGAACCACAUGAAUAAGGCACCAAAAGCUGCACAAAAUGGAAAAGGACCACCACCACCACCACCAUCACAAGAGAACCACCAGCACCACAACAACAACCACCACCACCACCACAACCACCAGUCAUCACCUCAACCAAGAAACAAAGGGAGAAGAAGGGGCAGAGGUGGGAGAAAAUCUGAUCAAGGAGAGAUUUUGAUGAGACCAAGUUGCAGGCCCUGCACUGCUGGUGCUGCUCCUCCUCCUGUGACAGCAAAUGGGAUUAAUAGUAAUAAUGUUGAGAAUGGCUGCAAGAUCAGUGGUGGUGGUGGUGACAUAACAGACAUGGGUUUUCCCACUUCAAGCAAAUCCUUGAGCUUUGCUCGCAGGCCUGGCUAUGGACAAGUUGGGACAAAAUGCAUUGUCAAGGCUAAUCACUUCUUUGCUGAGCUACCGGACAAGGACUUGAACCAAUAUGAUGUAACAAUUAGCCCAGAAGUGAGUUCAAGAGCAGUAAAUCGGUCCAUAAUAGCAGAACUUGUGAGGCUUUACAAAGAGUCUGAUUUGGGGAUGAGGCUUCCUGCUUAUGAUGGCAGGAAAAGUCUGUACACUGCUGGCCAGCUUCCCUUUGCCUGGAGAGAAUUUAAGAUAAAGCUUCUUGAUGAUAAUGAUGAUGGAGUUAAUGGCCCCAAAAGGGAAAGGGAAUAUAGGGUGGUGAUCAAGUUUGUUGCUCGUGCAAACUUGCAUCACUUGGGCCAGUUUCUAGCCGGCAAGCGAGCUGAUGCACCACAGGAGGCACUUCAGAUUCUUGAUAUUGUACUGAGAGAGCUAUCAACUAAGAGGUACUGCCCCAUUGGGAGGUCCUUCUUUUCACCUGAUAUUAGAACACCUCAACGGCUUGGAGAGGGGUUGGAAUCAUGGUGUGGAUUCUACCAGAGCAUAAGGCCUACUCAGAUGGGCCUUUCCCUCAAUAUUGGUAUGUAACUUACAAUUAAUAACCAUUUCUUACAUACAAGUAUGGAAGUACAAUUAAGUGCUUACUAUUUGUCAUUAUCAUUAUGUCAUUAAUAUUGGUGAAUUUAUAUUGUAAAGAUAAUUUGUGGUGCCUAACAGAUUAAGAAAGCCCUUAGAGGAGUAAAGGUUGAAGUAACACACAGAGGAAGUGUAAGAAGGAAAUAUCGCGUUUCAGGAUUGACUUCUCAACCAACAAGAGAACUUGUGUUCCCUGUUGAUGAGAACUCAACUAUGAAGUCAGUGGUUGAAUACUUUCAAGAGAUGUAUGGUUUCACUAUUCAAUACACUCACCUUCCUUGCCUUCAAGUAGGAAAUCAAAAGAAGGCAAACUACUUACCCAUGGAGGCCUGUAAAAUUGUGGAAGGGCAAAGGUAUACAAAAAGAUUGAAUGAGAAGCAAAUUACUGCACUGCUCAAAGUUACUUGCCAGAGACCGCGCGAUCGCGAAAAUGACAUCUUAAGGACGGUGCAACAUAAUUCUUAUAAUGAAGAUCCUUAUGCAAAGGAAUUUGGUCUUAAAAUCAGUGAAAAGCUAGCUUCUGUUGAAGCACGAAUUCUUCCUGCCCCUUGGCUUAAAUACCAUGAAAGUGGGAAAGAAAAGAAUUGUUUACCCCAAGUUGGUCAGUGGAACAUGAUGAACAAGAAAAUGAUUAAUGGAAUGACUGUUAGCCGGUGGGCGUGCAUUAACUUUUCGCGGAGCGUGCAAGAUAGUGUUGCUCGCACAUUUUGUCAUGAGCUUGCUCAAAUGUGUCAAGUGUCUGGCAUGGAAUUCAAUCCAGAGCCUGUCAUUCCCAUCUACAAUGCCAAGCCAGAGCAGGUAGAGAAAGCUUUAAAGCAUGUUUAUCAUGUGUCGACGAACAAAUUGUUAGCAAUAUUGCCUGACAACAAUGGAUCUCUAUAUGGUGAUCUCAAGCGUAUUUGUGAAACUGACCUUGGUUUAAUUUCACAAUGCUGUCUGACAAAACAUGUCUUCAAGAUCACCAAACAGUACUUGGCAAAUGUAUCUCUAAAGAUCAAUGUUAAGAUGGGAGGUAGAAACACUGUUCUUCUAGAUGCUGUAAGCUGCAGAAUACCGUUGGUUAGUGACAUACCAACCAUAAUAUUCGGAGCAGAUGUUACUCACCCUGAAAAUGGAGAAGACUCUAGCCCUUCAAUAGCUGCUGUAGUAGCAUCCCAGGACUGGCCUGAAGUGACAAAAUAUGCUGGUUUAGUGUGUGCUCAAGCUCAUAGACAGGAGCUUAUACAAGAUUUGUACAAAACUUGGCACGAUCCUGUUCGUGGCACAGUCAGCGGUGGCAUGAUCCGAGAUUUGUUGGUUUCUUUUAGAAAGGCAACAGGGCAAAAGCCACUAAGGAUUAUAUUUUACAGGGAUGGUGUAAGUGAAGGACAAUUUUACCAAGUUCUCCUUUAUGAAUUAGAUGCAAUCCGGAAGGCCUGUGCUUCCUUAGAACCAAACUAUCAGCCUCCGGUAACUUUCAUAGUUGUACAAAAACGACAUCAUACACGGUUAUUCGCUAACAACCACCGGGACAGGAGCAGUACAGAUAAGAGUGGGAAUAUAAUGCCUGGGACUGUUGUUGAUUCUAAAAUAUGUCAUCCAACAGAAUUUGAUUUCUAUCUAUGCAGUCAUGCUGGCAUCCAGGGUACAAGUAGGCCUGCCCAUUAUCAUGUUCUGUGGGAUGAAAACAACUUCACAGCAGAUGGAAUUCAAUCUUUGACAAACAAUCUGUGUUACACAUAUGCUAGGUGUACUCGAUCUGUAUCAGUUGUUCCUCCAGCAUAUUAUGCACAUUUAGCAGCAUUUAGAGCACGUUUCUAUAUGGAGCCAGAUAUGCAAGAGAAUGACUCUACAGGUGGUGGUAACGGUGGUGGUCGUGGAGGAUCGAAGGGAACUCGAGCAGCCGGAGAGUGUGGUGUGAAGCCACUGCCAGCCUUGAAAGAGAAUGUGAAGAGAGUAAUGUUUUACUGUUGAGAUUGAUAGAUGAUUAUGGAGUGCAGUGUUCAUCAUCAU